AUGGUGAAAGAGUUCAAGACCCAAACAGUAGUGAGCGUGGGGCUGCAAAUCUUAUGGCGAGCUCUGUCUAAGGACUUCAUUGUCAUAGCCCCAAAGGUACUCCCGCAGAUUGUAAAAGAUGUGCAAGUGCUGGAAGGAGACGGAGGCCUCGGCACCAUCCUCGUCUUCAACUUCUGCUCCGAAGGAAGUUAUCAGAAGGAGAGAAUUACAGAGCUUGAUUUGAGUUCACAUGAGAUAGGGUUAGAAGUGAUUGAAGGUGGCCAUCUGGAUCGUGGUUUCUCGUUCUACAAGACGACCUUUCAGCUAUGUGCAAAAGGUGAGGAUCAAACCGAAGUCAACGUGAAGAUAAGUUAUGAAUCUGAGAAGGAAGAUUUGAAGUCAGCGGAGCCUACUUUAUUCUACCUUAGCUGCCUGCAAAAAUAUCUCUUAAAUGGUGCUUGAUCAUCUUGAGCCUGGCUCAGUCCCUCUAUUCUCUGCAUCAGUUUAGUCCUUUUGUUCUUUUUCAUAAAUAAAACGCUC